AACUCCUUCCUCACCUCUAAUUUCCUUCUCUUUCUCCUCUCUCUCAGCUCGACAGAGAGAGAAAACCAGAGAAGAGAAAAUUAUCCAAAAGAAAUUUCUCGAAAAUGUCUCAUUCAGUGUUCCAAGCAGUUCAAAUCAUGCCUAUGCAUACUCAGACUUCCAAAAGCUUGCCGUCGUCUUCGUUCCUGAAGCCGUUAUUGCCGCCCGCGGCGCCGGUGGUGGCCGGAAAGCUCAGGAAAUCCUGUUUGAUUAAGGCUUCGUCCGCCGUGGUUGACGGCGAUGGCAUUGCAGCUCUGGAGCGCUGCUUUCAGGCGUCGCCGUCGCUGGAUUCUCCGUCCUCGUCAUCGUCGACAGGCUCGCCGGCCAUGUACGCGCCGGUUAUGAAGGGAGGGAAAUACGGCUCCCUCGGUGCAGUUACUUUGGAGAAAUCGAAGCUUGAUAUGUCGCAGAAACAAACCAAGUCCAGCCCUGAGCUUGCAACUGGAGGAGGAGGUGGAGAUAUUGGAAAGAAUAUUUUUCAUGGUGGUGGUGAUGGGGGUGAUGAUGAUGGAGAUGACGAUGAUUACAUGGAUGAUUUUGAUGAUGAUGAUGAGGGAGGUGAAGGCGGACUCUUUAGGAGACGAAUGAUUCUUCAAGAGCUUUUUGACCGAAAAUUUGUUGAUGCGGUGCUGAAUGAGUGGCAGAGGACCAUGAUGGAUUUACCUGCUGGACUUAGGCAAGCAUAUGAGAUGGGCCUUGUCAGCUCUGCACAAAUGGUGAAAUUUUUGGCUAUAAAUGCCAGGCCUACUACAGCUAGGUUCAUUUCUCGCUCACUUCCUCAAGGACUAUCAAGGGGGUUCAUUGGCAGGAUGAUUGCAGAUCCUGCAUUCUUGUACAAGCUUCUUCUUGAGCAAGCAGCCACAAUUGGGUGCUCGGUUUGGUGGGAGGUGAAAAACCGCAAAGAGAGGAUAAAGAAAGAAUGGGAUCUUGCCCUAGUUAAUGUGCUCACUGUAACAGCCUGCAAUGCUAUUGUUGUGUGGUCACUUGCUCCUUGUCGUUCAUAUGGAAGUACUUUCCGCUUUGAUCUGGAAAACACGUUGCAAAAGCUUCCGAAUAAUAUCUUUGAAAAGAGUUAUCCACUAAGAGAAUUUGAUUUACAGAAGAGACUCCAAUCAUUCUUUUACAAGGCUGCAAAGUUGUGUAUGGUUGGAUUAACUGCAGGAGCUGCACAAGGUGCAAUAUCAAAUUUUGCUGCCAGUAAAAAAGAGGGAAGAUUAUCUGUGAGUAUUCCAUCGGUGAGUACCAAUGCACUUGGUUAUGGGGCCUUCCUUGGUCUAUAUGCAAACCUGCGUUAUCAGUUGUUGUGUGGCUUUGAUCGAGCUAUGAUAGGCUACUUUGAUGUUAUCGGAGUUGCUCUCUUCUUUGGAACUGCCCUGAGGGUUUUGAAUGUUCAAGUAGGAGAGUCAUCAAGGCUGGCUUGGCUUGGUGUUGAGGCCGAUCCUCUAGCUCAUUCGGAUGAUCUCUUGAAGGCGGCUUACAAUAGACCAUCCCAGGGCAGUGAUCACCUUUCUUCAAACUGGUUUAUAUCCAAGAACAACAUUGUUUCAGGGCUCGGGCUUCUCGGGAUCAAACAGGGUGAAAGUGACUCGACCAGAGAGGGCGAAGCAGCACCUCCAAAGACCAGGAGAAAAAGAAUAGUUAAGAAAAAAGUGACAACUAGCCGAACAUAGUUAGCAGCUACUACGCAGUAUAGCUGAUCAGCUGUUCAGUUUUUCUCACCUGAUAAAUCGUAUGAGGAUUCGUUGCUUGAUGAUCACCCAGAAGAGAAUACCCGAAAUUCCUUUGACGAAAUGAUCCAACAAUAACUGGGAUGAUCAACUGUAACUAUAUGUGGAGAGCUUUUCAUUCUUUUAUUUACCUAAAAAUUUUCCUCAUUUCUUGUUCUGUCCUAUUAUGAGUUCUAAUGAAGUGAGAUUUUAGAUGAACUGUCAGACCAUUCUGAUUAAAGAAGUCUCUUUGGCCAGCUUUCUUCCUUGGUGAACCUGUUCAUCUUAAACUGUUCUCUGAGGAUCAUUGAUAAACAACAUGUGUUUGCAGUUC